CGCUCGUUCAUCCGAAAAGGAGGAGAAACAGCCGAGAAAUCACCAACUCAAUCAUGGGGGGUAAGUAUGACAUGAGGAGAGGGGGUGUACACACAAAUUUAAUGCAGCACAUGGUGGAUGCGGUCCAUCGGCAUUUCUGAUGUAGCUGACGGUGUCGGCGGCCGCUGAGGUGCCGUCAGCUCCAGGCUCCCCUGCGUCCAUCUUCGCAUCCGGCGAAGCACACGCACAGAAAAGGGCAUGAUUGUCACGUCACGCUUUCAUUUCCUUCCCACUUCUUUGCCUGUGUUUGGCUCACCUUGUCGUUGUCGUUUUCUGGUUGCAUGUGCCCGAGCUCUGGAUCAAAACACGUCGGCGAUCGUUUAACGCACUGCCCUAUCAUACUGCGACACACGUCUCAAGCGAAAUUGUCGUGUCUGCACGAAGAAUCCAGGAGUGGGACAGGGCGGCUGCGGUGGAAUAGGAAUUCCUACCAUCAAUUUGAGCUCGCACCCCUGCCGCCUGCUGUCAGCCUCAUCCUCAGCAACGAUGUUUGUUCGCGGCUCAGGCUUGUCGGUCACUAGAGGACGGCUCCCGUUUUCCGCAGCUUUGGUCCCACGGCAGGGUAAGAGCCACUGCGAUGGAUCCGACGAGAUGAGAUGAAUCCAUCUGAUCUUCUGGUCCUGCUCUCAGGCCCUGCUGCUUGUGCUUGAGGCACGUGAGUCGGUUCAUCUCUCGCCUAAGGAGGGAACGCCGAUUGUCAAGAGUCGGCCGCAAGAUCUCGCCUCGCAAGGAGCAGAUGUCGUUGAAGGGACGCUCGGCCAUCGUCACUGGAGCCUCAGAAGGCAUCGGCUAUGCUUGUGCCGAGAGUUUCGUCGGCGAGGGAGUCACGUGGCUGCUUCUGAUUGCACGCGAUGAGUGAGUACGCCAGGCACCGGAACGAAGCAGGCAGCGCAUGGCAUGUCGACAAACUGUGUUCUGCCUUGUCGAUCUUUUUGCAGGGGGAAGCUUGAGAGGGCGCGUGACGCGCUGAGGAGCCUGCCGGGUGGUGCUGAAUGUGAGAUGAAGAUGCUCUCAUGUGACCUUGCAGAUCCAUCCGGACCAGGUGUGGUGUGCUGCAAACGGACUCCUGCACACAUGGACCUGCGCUGGUUGGUCAGACCGAAUCAUCGAGGCGCUGGAAAGCGAUGGUGUGGACUCUGUUGACAUCCUGGUCAACAACGCGGGCACGGCCGUCUUCCAGCCCAUCGACGCCGUCACGGCGGACAGCUACAACACCCAGAUGCAGCUCAACGUGACGUCGCCCUACUUCCUCACUCAGAAGCUGUUGCCACGGCUGCAGCGGUCCGCCCAUGCCUCUGUGGUCAACAUCUCCUCGUAUCACGCCAGAAAGGGGGCUGGGGUGUGUGCGACGGUGUACCAGAUGUGCAAGCCGCAGUGGAGCGAAUGACGACAUCAUGGGCACUUGAACUCGGGAAGAGAGGCAUCCGCAUCAAGUGAGCGACGGAGAGGACAGCAGGAGAGCUCCUGAUUGCCUCCAAUCACUCGUUGUGUGUGAUUGUUGGUUGUCUGGGUAUUGGUGUGGGUGGCCUCCCUCGUUGCUUUCAUUCAGCUGUGUUGCGCCGGGUACGGUGGAUACGCCGCUUGUGCAGCGGAACCUGGGGGCCUUGCCGGCCGAGAGACGAGAGGCCUUUGAGCAAAACAUCAAGAACGUCUACCCGCUCGCACGAAUGGGGGUGGGUCACUGAGGAGAGACGGAGAGAGCAGAUGAGAUAGAUGAGACGCCACACAGACAGGUGCAUGGAAUGCGGUCAUUUGCGGGGCGCUUGUGUGUGAUGUGACGUGGCUAUGUUAUGUGUGGGUGUCAACCAACAGGUGCCGUCAGAAGUGGCGAGUGUGGUUACGUUUCUGUGCGGCCCGGGCGCCUCGUGGACGACUGGCGCUAUCAUCGCCUGUGAUGGGGGAUACACGGCCGUGUGAGGCGAGUGGAUAGAUAGGUGGUGUGCGCGGCAUGAAGGCAAUUGCGGUCUUUUUGCCACAGAAGGGCAUGGUUCAGUUUAGUGGGGCCUGGUCUAGGUCGUUGGCAGGGAGGAUCGGUCUGUUACAGGUCGAUUGCCUCUUGUGACAGACAGACAAGAGAUCUCUCUUCUCCUCCUUGACCUUCUUCUUAGCUCGACGACCUUUUCAUAUUUUGGACUAAGGUAGAUAGACACGUUGAACCAACCGCAUCAAGCAAGCAAC